AUGUCCGCAUGGGGCGCUUCCGGAGCCUGGGCCUCCCAGGCUGAGGAGGAAGACACCAAGACCAGCUUCGCCGCCGAGCGCGCCUUCCCCGGCCUCGGCGAGCCCCUCAAGAAGAAGGACGACGACGAGCUCUUCCCCUCCCUCGGCGCCGCCGCGAAGGCUCCCAAGAAGAAGGGCAAACCAGUCAAGAUGUCCCUCUCCGACUUUGCCGCCGAGCCCAUGGGCUCCUCCGGCUCCUCCGGCGCCUACCGCGCCCCCGGCCGCGGCGGCGGCGGCGGCGGCGGCGGCGGAUGGGGCGACGACGUCGUCCUCCCCACCGGACCCUCCGCCAGGCCCGACGACGACGAAUCCGAAGGCGGGCGCAGGCCGGGGAUGAAGUACGGCGAAGAGAAGCUCGGCGGCGCGUUUAAAGAUUACGGCGGCGACCGCGGCGGCGGACGCGACCGAUACGACGACAGGCGCGACGACAGACGCGGCGGCUUUGGCGACAGGCGCGACGACAGACGCGGCGGCGGCUACGGCGACAGGGACAGGAGCAGGUCCCCGCCCCGCCGCGGCGGCUACGGCGAUCGCGACCGCGAUUUCGACCCGCGCGACGAUCGCGACAGAUCCCCCCCGCGCUCCCGCGCCGACGACGAUAACAACUGGGGCCGCAGCAAAGCCGCGCGCUCGCCUCCGCCCCGCGACGACCGACGCGGUGGGGGCGGGUACGACGACCGCCGCGGCGGGUACGGCGACCGGGCCAGGCGCGUCAGCCGAUCGCGAUCCCGCGGUCGCUACGACUCGCGCUCGCGAAGCAGGGGUCGAUCCCCGUCGCCCGAGCGCGACUGGGGCGCGCUUCGCAACCGCGCCGGCCCGCCCCCCCGCAGCCGCUCCCCCGAGCCCGAGCGCGACUGGGGCGCCCUCCGUAACCGCACCGGGCCUCCCGCCAGGUCCCGGAGCCGAUCGCGAUCGCCGAAGAAGGAACGCGACUGGGGCGCGCUUCGCAACCGAGCCGGACCGCCGCCCCGCGACGAACGCGACGAACGAGCGCCUAGAGGCCCGCGGCCCGGUCAACGCGCGGACGAGGCUGGCGACCGCUGGGGCAAGAAGGACGCCCGCGAUCUCUCCCCGCGGGGCGACCGCGACGGGCGCGACGGCGAUCGCCGACCCCGGCUCAACCUCCAGAAGCGCAGCGAACGCGCGGGGGGCGACGGCGACGACGGGGCGACCCGCGGUUCGUCCCUCUUCGGCGGCGCCAGGCCCCGCGAGCUGGCGCUCAAGGAGGCUGGUCGCGACUACCGCAAGGAGGACGCGGCGCUCUCCCGCGGCGGCGUCAGGCGCAGGGAGUCGAACGAGGAGCGGGCGCUCAAGGCUGACAUCGCGUCGCUUCACGAGAAACUCGGCUCCAACCCCGACGACGAAGCUCUCAAGUCGGAGAUUUCGGACAAGGAGGAUGCGCUCGCCAAGCUCGCGCUCGAGCUCGACGAUAAGGUGCGAUUCGCGCAGCGCGAGGAGAAGGCGAGGAACGAGGAGCGCGGCGAGGGUAAGGAUGGGAGGCGCGAGACCCGGAGGGAGCCGCGGGGAGACGCGGACAGGGCUACGAACUGGGGCGAGGGGAAGACGGACCGCCGGGGGAACGGCGCGAACGGCGGCCGCGGUGGCAGGCCGGCGCCGGACUCGAGCACCGGCGCCAAGAAGGAGGAGAGGAAGCCCAGGGAGCCCCGCGUGAUGAAGGUGGCCGAGGAGACGGGCGUGAAGAUUGCCUCGUCGUCCUUCGCCGCGUUGGCUCUCGAGGAGGAGUAA